UAAUAAUUAGAGGAUGAGUUUUUGACAUAUAAUGAAUCAAUCUAAGAGACUUAUUCUUUCUGUGAAAGCAAUCUGUUUGCUUUUUUGACUCUGUUUCUUUCAACUGGAGUGGAGGAGAUGAGGUUGGUGACGUGGGUGGUAGUUGGCGUGAAAACUCCAGAGCAGCUAAAACAAUCCUUCAAGUAAAAUCCAUGUUUGGAUUUCAACAACCAAUUCGAAACCUUUUGAUAGUUUUAAGAUAUAAUGUAAAAUGGAUAAGAAGAUAUGUUUGGAAUGCAUAUCCUUAUUGAGCUUUCGUUGUAGUUUCCAUCCAAGAACUCAGUUCGGAAAACCCACUGACCCGAGACGCGAGACCCGGUACCCCUUAAUAGGGUUAUCAGGAGGGUCAACCCCUGUCAAAAAUAACCGGGUUGAGUCAAACUCGGUCCAAUAAUCCGGCUUGGUGUACACCAAACUUAGGCAAGGGAUAUUCUUGGCUAAAAAUACAGCAGAAUAUAUUUGCUUUUCAAAAUUAAGCCCAUGCAAGAAAGGGAGAAACAAUUUUUGGCAUCAAAGUUUCAGAUUAUUCUUGGCUUAAAAGUACAGCAAAGCGGAUUUGUUUAUUAAUGUUCCAUCAUUGUGAUUUCCUAGAAGAUCAGAAUCAACUUUUUCAUCUGCAACUUUUUAUAUAUAUUUUCCAUGAUCAUGGUCCAAAUUGUAUGACUCCAGCAACAAACAAUCAAUAGAAAUGCAAAACUAAAAAAUUACCUCUCGACUCACUUAUUUUAUUUCUUCCUGCUCAACAAAUCUUCCUUAAACCAACCAAUUUGUGCCUUUCAUUUGUAUCAAAGAACAUGGCAGAUUUUCUAUUCAGUAUUGCAGAAAAUGUUUUGGGAAAGAUAGGCUCUCUUGCCCACGAAGAAAUAUGUUUGGCACUGGGUGUAGCGAGCAAUAUGAAAAAGCUUGAUGAGAACUUAUCAGACAUCAAAGCUGUUCCUGUGAUGCUGAGGAGAAGAAGGCAGGGAACCACGAGCUGCAUAUCUGAAUUGGGAGGCUUAAGGAUUUCCUCUAUGAUGCCGAAGACGUGUUGGAUGAGUUUAAUUAUCAAGGGCUUCGCAAUCAAGUGGUGAAAGAGUUUGGAAGCAUAAAAACCAAGGUACGCAGAUUCUUUUCAAGCUCAAAUCCACCUGCAUUCCGUUUCAAAAUAGGUCAUUAGAUUGAGGAGCUUAAGGAGAGACUAGAUGAUAUAGCAGCUCAGAAGUCUAAGUUCCAUCUCACGGACACAGAGCUAGUUACUUAUGGCAUGGGGGGCACAGAGAAAGGGAGAUGACUGACUCAUUUGUGCAUGCAUCAAAUAUUACUGGAAGAGAUGCCGAUAAGGAAAAACUCAUGGAGUUUCUGUUGAAAUCAGAUGAUCUAGCUGCAGGUAUAAUCUCUGUUAUCCCUAUUGUCGGAAUCGGGGGGUUGGGAAAGACUACUCUGGCUAAGAUGUUAUAUAAUGAUAAAGAGUGUAGAUGCACAUUUUCAAUUGAAAAUGUGGGCGUUUGUCCCUGAGGAUGAAUUUGACAAGAAGAAGAUAAUAGUAAAAAUGAUGAAGUCCUUAACUGACCAAAAUAGUAAUCUGAGUGAUUUGGAUACUGGGCAAUUACAAGCUCGCAUUCGAGAUCAAUUAAAUGGAAAGAAAUUUUUACUCGUCUUGGAUGAUGUGUGGAUGGUUGAACGUAUUCGCAUUAUAUGGUUUGUGUUGAAAAAAUUGUUGGAGGUAGCUGCCAUUGGAAGUAAAGUCAUUGUAACAACACGUAAUGAUAAGAGUGUCCGAAAUGCUGGGCACUAUUGAAGGAUACAAGUUAAAAGGUCUUCCACAAGAGGAUUGUUUAUCUUUAUUGAAAAAAUAGGCGUUCAGAGAAGGAGAAGAGGAGCGCUACCCGAACCUCCUGGCAAUCGGAGAGGACAUAGUGAAGAAAUGUGGAGGGCUUCCUUUGGCGGUGAGGACAUUAGGGAACCUUCUCUACUCGAGAAACGAAGAACCGCACUGGAAAUCCUUAAGAAAUGAUGAGAUAUGGAAAUUAAAACAGGAGGAAGGGGACAUUUUACCUGCAAUAAGACUAACUUAUGAUCAAAUGCAAUCUCCAUUGAAGCAAUGUUUCGCCAUUUGUUCUGUCUUUCAAAAAGGUUAUGUGUUCAGCAGCUUUAUAUUGUGUCAGUUUUGGAUGGCACACGGUCUACUUCAAUCCCCAGAUGGAAACCAGGAACCUGAAAAUCUUGGCUUACAAUAUAUGAAGGAGCUAUACUCAAGAUCAUUCUUUCAGGAUUUCGAGGAUUAUGGUUAUUUUUUCAUGUUUAAAAUGCAUGAUUUGGUACGCGAUCUUGCACUCUUGGUUGCUCAAAAUGAGUGCUCAUCUGUCAAUUUUCAAACCAAGAGUAUACCUGAAGAUGUGCGCCAUCUUUCAUUCUCCGAUGCAGAAGCUUUAUUUGGUGAGGAGGUUUCAUGUCUUCCACAAAAUUCAAGAAAUGUGAGGACUAUACUUUUCCCAUUUGGACGACCAACACUUACAAGUGAAUCCUCCCUUGAUGCAUGCGUCUCUAAGUUCAGGUUUCUAAGGGUGUUGGAUCUAAGCAAUUCGUCAUUUGAGUUGUUGCCCAGCUCUAUUGGUGACCUGAAACAUCUGAGGUUUCUUUGCUUAUACGGCAAUCGUAGAUUAAAGAAAAUGUCCAAUUCAAUCUGCAAGCUCCACAAUCUACAAACUCUACUCGAAGAUGGAUGCGUAGAACUUGAGGAUCAGCCGAGAGAUAUUCGGAACAUGAUCAGCCUGAGAUAUCUGAAUAUCACCACGAAACAGAAGAGUUUAACAGUGAAUGGAAUUGGGUGCCUAAAAUAUCUCAGAACUCUGUUCUUGUUCAGAUGCACCAAUCUUGAGUCCCUCUUUGGACCAACAGUACACCUCCCUGCUUUGAGAACAUUGCACAUCGACUCUUGUCCUAAGUUGGUGUCUUUGUCACACAUUCCGAGGAACCUAACUGCAUUAGAGACAUUGAUGAUUCGGCAAUGUAUGCAAAUGGAUUUAAUGGAUGAGGUGGAAGACGGUCAAAAUUUGAAACUUCAGUUGCUAAUGCUAGGUGGCUUGCCACAAUUGACUAUCUUGCCAAGAUGGCUUCAAGGGUCUUCGGAGACUUUGGAAUGCUUGUGUGUUGGAUGUUCUCCCAAUUUUUCAUCCUUGCCUGAGUGGCUGCAGAACUUCAAAUCACUCAAAAAGAUUGCAUUUGAAGACUGUCCUAGGUUAUUGUCACUACCAGAUUCCUUUGGUUGUCUCACAAACCUUAAGGAAUUGAAGAUUGUAAAAUGUCCACAACUAAGUGAAAGAUGCCAGCCAGAAAUAGGUCAGGAGUGGCCAAAGAUUGUCCAUGUCCCACACAUCAAUCUAGACGAAGAUAUUGGCCUGCUGGCUGCUUAUCUUGCAGUGUAUGAUAUAGAUAGACCCUAAAGCAGACGGUGAAUUGACGUAAGGUUGCUUCACUCCAGCCUACAGCUCAAGGGUUCAUGUCCUUGACACAGUCUCUCAAAAUUGCAGGGCUCUAGUAGCAGUUCUUCAUAUUAGGACACAGCUGGUCAGAUUGGUUCAUAUCUCAAGUAGCAGCUCAUCAUAUAUGGAAAAGGUUGAUAAGAGGAUAAUGUCCCUUUUCAUUCUGCAUAAUGAUUUUCCUGCGGAAACUGUAGUAAACGAAGGGGUUAGACUUGCUUCUGCAUUGGUUAUUGUUAGGGCUUGUAAGGCCCUUCCAGUAUUAUGGUUUCUGGUUUCAUUGAUACUGAAAUGCGACAGUUCUUUUUGUACUAAGUUAUGUUUUAUGUUUGUCUUGAUCCAAGUUCAUUAUAUUAUGUAUGGCUAUAAUUUAGUCGUGGACUCUUCUAAAAGGCUUAAAAGCCUAUGAUGGUAUUUGUGAUGGAGAACGUAUGGUGUAAUACAGAAGAUUGAAUGGUGAAUCUCUUAAACGUCUUCUUCAUAGCAUCA